GCUUGUCAAAUUGGAAGAAGACUAUGAGGAGAGAAAGAGAGGUGAGAUGAAGGAAGAAGGAGAAGGAGACAAAGUACGCCAAAGCAGGUAAACAUAUGAAUAAAGAUUGAUAGAUGGAUCCAAGUAAUAUUUCUUUUUUAUCAGUGCAAUCAAUUUCAAAAAUCUGAUUGAAUAAAUUUAUGUUAACCAAUCAAAUUAAUAUCUUUUUUCAAUAAUAUUAGAGGAAGAUAAUUUCAUGAUUAAUCUUCGAGUGUUUACUUUGCAACACACUUCUUUCAAUGCUAUUCAUAAGAGAUUAUAACCACACCCUCAGGAGAAAGAAAACAGUACACAUCAUAUCUUAACAAUGCGACCAUUUAAGUUAUGACUAAAUAAUGCACAUCUAAAUGAGAUAGAUUAUUACAUCAACCAAUAUAUUAUGUAAUACAAAAUAUGAACAUUACCACUACCAAUAAUUCUACAUCUUCUAGUGGAAAUAACACUAAAAAUACUAUUGAGUCUGCUUGUGGAACAUUUCCACUAACAAAUAUAUCGUCAACUCACUCGUCGAUUAAACUUCCUGGAACAGAAGGUAAACGUGUAUUUGAGGUAAGCAGAACAAAAGAAGGAUCAGAUGAUGAACAGCUCACUACUACUUCCUCGUUGAGACAAAAGCCAAAACGUUUAGAGAAGCAUGUUACGCUUUCAGAUGAAAUUUUGGAUUUAAACUUCCCUCCACUUCUUCGUCAUCAAUACUUAAAAUCGGAUGAUUAUUAUAAUAAAUAUAAUAUUGAAACCGAUGAGCAAAAAGAUGCAAAAAGUGUAACAAAUUCACAUGAUAACUAUCCACUCUCUUCCAAUCCAAGCAUACCGCAUAUGUCGACAGAUAAAAUAAGUACAGCAAGUUUUGGAAGCAUGGGGAAGUACUGCUUGAAUGAUCAUGAUGAAUCGCCUACCACGUUGAUUUUAUCUCGUAUAGAAAAACUAGCGCUGAAAGAUUUCUCAUCGGAAGUUCGAGCGAAUUUGGAUAUCGAUAUGUUCAUUAAAGAAGCAACUCUGCUAUUGGACCUGGAUGGAUCUACCUUGGAAGAUAUUAUUAGUUCAAUGUUAGAAGCAGUUUUUGAUAAUCGACCUAUUGUCGAUACAACUGCUACAGCAUCAGUGACUGCAACAACUAAUACACAUGCUAGUGCCAGUUCCCCUGAUGAGAUCGAUUCAAACCAGUGGUCUCGAACUUCGGCAACUGUUAGUAGUGGUUUUGGACCAAAGGUUAAUUUCUCUAUAUCCGGCAAUUCCGAUAAAACAAAUCCAUCAAAAGUUGACGUAGAAAACAUGAAGCUGGAAGCUAAAAAUUCCCUUCUGAUGCAAAUAAACUUUCAAGGAUGUUCAUAUCAGAGACUUGCGAAAACCAUUAAAGGUGUUUCACUAACAAAUAGUGAUUGCUUAUCGACAGACCAGAGUUGGAUUUGUGCCAUGUGUUCAUUACGAUCAAUUCAUAAACGCUAUCUUGCUUUAGCUCGAUUGAGUAAUCCAGUUAAUUUUGGACGAUCAAGUGAAGGUACCUAUUUAAUUGUACUUAUAAUAACACCGACAAAAGAGAAAGGGACGAAAAGCGAAAUAGAAGUUGGCAGAACAUUCGGCACAAUAAUGGCUGAUCCUGAAUUUCGUCAAGAAUUAUUAUUUGCAACCAAUGAAAAUGAGGUGAAACUACUUCUGUGGGCGAGAGCUCAGCAGCUGGCAGCUGAGCAGUCAACAAAAAGGCGUAGAUCAUCCCAGUUUCAAGAUUCUACAAAUCAGAACUUUAACAAAGAUUCUCAAUCCAUGAUAGGCAAAGGAAUAUACCUAGACUUGAAACGGAAAAUACCAUAUUAUUGGUCCGACAUAACUGAAGGUGUUCGUGGAAAACAUUCUCUACGUAAAACAAUAUCAACAACCAUUUUCCUUUAUUUUGCCUGUUUACUACCAUCAAUCGCGUUUGGAUUAUUGAAUUCAAGGAAUACAGAGAAAAAAAUGGAUGUUACACGUGUAAUAAUGGCACAAACAAUAGGUGGUUUAUGUUAUGGAGUUUUUGGAGGUCAACCGCUAAUUGUACUUUUAUCCACAGCUCCAUUAGCACUUUAUAUUAAAAUUAUCUACACCAUAUCUCAAACAUACAACACUAAUUUCUAUGCAAUGUACGCAUGUAUUGGAUUAUUUAAUAGCCUCUUCUUAAUUAUAUAUUCCUUUUGUGGAUUCAGUCGCUGGAUGAAAUGGUCCACAAGAUCAACCGAAGAAAUAUUUGCGAUGUUUGUUUCAAUGGCAUUUGUAUAUGAUGCUGGAAACGACUUAUAUACAACAUUUAAAGAGAAUUAUCAUUGUAAAUCAUCCACAUAUUAUUCACUACUCAAUGAUACACUCAAAACUCAGGGAUUCGAUAACAGUUAUAUGAAUUUAACAAAUAUGAAUAACAGAAUUUUUAUAGAGAUUUGUCCUGAUGUAUCAUCAUUAUCAUCGUCAUCAUCAACAACGCAAACAGCAUCCACAUUUUCACUCUCCCAGUUAUCAUCUGCAACCUCACAAGAGGCAAACAGGACUAUUAUCAUUACCCAACCUGGAUGUCAACGGGAAGUUGCUUUAGUUUACCUAAUACUACUUCUUGGUACAGUUUGGAUUUCACUGCAUCUUUUAAACUUUACUAAGACACCAUUUCUGACUGCUACAAAACGUGAAAUGUUAACAGAUUUUGCUCUGCCCAUCGCAGUUAUCACUAUGUCGCUGGUUGGAUCUUUUAUCUUUGGUGACAUCAAAUUGAAGCCAUUCGAAGUUCAGCCAUCUGAUUUUAUUUUAAAAAAAGCUCCGUUAAAUUCCUUAAGUUGGCCUGCAGUACUUGGAUCUAUUGGUAUAGCGAUUCCAUUAUCAUUAUUAUUUUAUAUGGAACAAAACAUCGCCAGUGCUAUUUUGAAUUCCCCAUCAAACCGACUUAGAAAAGGACCAUCAAACCACUGGGAUUUAUUUGUGUUAGCACUAAUUAACAUCAUCUUAUCCAUUUUCUGUCUUCCAUGGGUACAUGCAGCUCUGCCUCAUACUCCACUACAUGUUAAAGCUUUAGCAGAUAUGGAAGAGCAUGUAGAUGGAGGACACCAUAUCAGACAAACCAUUAUUCGGGUACGUGAAACAAGAUUAACACUGAUUAUAUCACACAUACUUAUUGGGCUAUCGCUGGCGAUGAUACCUAUUCCGUUGAUUUACAUACCACCUCCUGUAUUGAACGGACUGUUUGUUUAUAUGGCUAUAACUGCGCUGCAAGAUAAUCAAAUGUUUGAAAGAAUACUACUUUUCAUCACAGAACAAUCAGCCUACCCACCAUCUCAUUACAUAAGAAGAGUACCUCAAAGGAAACUUCACCUAUUCACGUUUUUUCAACUGGUCCAGUUAGGAUUUCUUUGUGCAUUCGGAUUUGCUCCCAGUCCAUAUGUGAAAUUAAUAUUCCCUGUUAUACUUGUUGUACAAAUAGUCCUAAGACAUACACUUAUACCCAAAGCCAUUGAUUCAAAAUAUCUUGAGGCGCUGGAUCGUCAUUUUUAGUCAGAAGAACUCUAUCACCCUCGUUUCCCUCUACCAUUAUUCCUAUUGUUGUUCUUCUUCUCAUUAUUAUAUACUGCUACAAUCAAUCUUAUUUCAUGGCCCAAGAAACUGAGUUUAAACAAUUUUCAUUUCAUUAUUUAGAAUUAGAGGUAGACAAAAACAGAGAUUAUAUGUAAUUUUUAUUUAUGAAUUAUACUCAACUUAUUUUCUCUUUAUAUAUUAGGAUAAGCUGUAAACGCAAACAAAAAAAAGAUAAUCGGAGCUGUGUUUUAUUUGAACUUAAAUAUCCUACUGAUUUC